CCCCUCCCUCUUUCCUUACGGCUCCCGAGUACCAAGAAGUUAUGGAUACCUUUCUUAUGAAUUAUGCUCAAAUCGAAGAAGCCUCAUCUUCUCAGACCACGGCCGCAGCCACACAGACCGCGCCGAUUCUUGGCCAUGUUACCGAGAUGCCCACUAGCACGGCUCCUGAACCUAAUGUCGAACAAGAGGAGGACUGCUUCGUUGUGUUGGCUCGUCAUCUCGCAAAACACGACAAGGGGCCUGUCAGGGACCCUGAAAUUGACAUUGGAAAUAUCCCAGGCGACAGCAGCUUGUGGAGGUACGUGUUGCAAUCUUCAUUAUCCCAUCUCGUGAAACCAUCACUGAUAUCCUCUUUUUCAUUGUUUCAGACACUUGAGUACCCCCAUCAUCACCAUUUUGGUGGGUCCAACUGAAUGGCCCUUCCAUAUUCACCGUGGUUUGCUUCGUCGCCACUCGCUCUUCUUUCGUUCCAUGUUGCGGAACACUGGAUUCCCCGAGAACAAAACCAACAUAGUGAGAUUUCCCGAGGACAGUGUCAAGGCUUUCGCCAUCUUCGCGGAAUGGCUUUAUCACGGGGAAAUGUACAGUCCGCAGGAUACAUACAGGAGUCUCUGGAAACACGGUGUUGGCGAGCAAGAUGAGAACUACAUCGGCGGUGUUGAAAAAGCCGCGGUUGGCAUCGCAAGGAAGCGUCCUGUUUCUUCCGUUGCAAGCUCAAAGACCCAGGUCAAGAAGAAAGCGAAGAUCGAGGAAGCUGAGGAAGUUGACGAGACUGAAGAUGCUGAGACUGAAGAUGAUGAGACUGAAGAUGAUCUGACCGAAGAUGAUGAAACUGAAGAUGAUGAGACUGAAGAUGAUCUGACCGAAGAUGAUGAAACUGAGGAAGAUACGGACAGUGAAGAAGACGCUGAGGGCGAAACUGAGAGCGAAGAAGAAAUGAGCGACGACGAGGAGGGAGAUUCUGACGAUUGUGAAGAGGUUGAAGAAAGAAACGCCGCGCUGGCCCGGAAGAUCACAAAUGAUUACUACGAUUUCUCUAUCGAAUUUGCUUGUUACGUCUUUGCGGACAAGAUCCAAGCGCCUGGAUUUCUUGACAAGGUCCUCAGUGAGAUCAACUACCACGCCGACUUCUGCGACCCCGCAACUUUGACAACCAAGCACAUUCGAUACGCGUAUCAGAAUACAUUUCGUGCCAAUGACCCCCUUCGCAAGGUGUGCAUGAUGGUCAAGUUUGAGCGAGUCCCCAUCGAACAAACUCUCGCAGACCCGGCUUUCAAGAGACUCCUCGAGCAGGGAGGUCCCAUCGUUGCCGAUGUCAUGGAGAUCUGUCGCAAGCACGCACAGACUCAGUCCGAGAAAACCACCGGCAAAUAACUCUCCCUCUUCCAACGCCCCCUUGCCUGACUCCCCGAAUUUGUCUUUGAGAAAAAACCGACCAUCCAUCCCCAACCAAUCUGUAGACCUGGAGACCAAGAACGAA